GUCGCGCCCCAAGGAGGCGUGGCGGGAAAGCGGUGCAUGCUGGGAGUUGCAGUCUUCCUCAAGAAGUCUAAAAGGGACAGGUGAAAGCGGAUUGGGAUACACCGGGUUCUCUUCCUGGCCGUGUGGAUCCUUUUGAAGAGCUCCUUUGGCGUCAUGAAGGCCCCUUGGGCUACUUUCUCCUUGUGCUGCCUUUGCCAGCUUCUGGUCGUUGCUUCUGCUGGAGAAGCCCUUGCAAAAGGUUUCGGAGAUCAUAUUCACUGGAGGAGUUUGGAAGAUGGGAAAAAGGAGGCAGCUGCCAGUGGGUUGCCUCUCAUGGUCAUCAUUCACAAAUCCUGGUGUGGUGCUUGCAAGGCUUUGAAACCAAAGUUUGCGGACUCAAAGGAAAUCUCAGAGCUUGCCCAUAAUUUUGUGAUGGUGAACCUUGAGGAUGAAGAUGAACCUAAGGAUGAAGCUUUUAGCCCUGAUGGUGGUUACAUUCCUAGAAUCCUUUUCUUGGAUCCCAGUGGGAAAGUGCAUCCAGAGAUCAUAAAUGAAAAAGGAAAUCCUAGCUACAAGUAUUUUUAUACCAAUGCUGAACAAGUCAUCCAGGGUAUGAAAGAAGCCCAAGAGAAGCUGACAGGUGAUGCUUUCAAGCAAAAACAUCUUGGAGAUGAAUUGUAAUGAAGCCAAGACGUGUUUUAUAUAGGCUCAGAUUCCAAAAUGAUACAAUUUUAUCUUCUCCAGAACUUAGAAAUGUUACCUUUUCAUUAUAAUUCUCUUGGCUACCAUCAAUACUGCCCAUGUUUGUUUGGCAGUUUGGGGAAUUUGUGGUAUUAAGAGUAACCUUUUAAAGCUCUGAUCUUCCCUAUAUUUUUCCAGAUAAGGAAUUGUAGCUGCACUGAAAAAAAAAAACAUUUUUCCUACUGACUACUUACUAGAUCAAAUACUAUCUAAUUUUCACACAAUGGAAUUAAAUGAAACAUUAUUUCUUCUUGUUUACAUUACAAUGCAUAUUUAUAAGAGAAAUAAUGCUUAGGGUAAAUUAACUGCUUCAACAUUAGCCACGUGGCAAAUCUACAUUGCAGUGGUAGCUAACUCUUCCCUAAAGAGUGCAUUUUAUAUGUUAGGAAAAGGCUGGUAUCUACUUUAUAACGUUAGUCGGAUACAAUUAUUUCUUCUAUUAUCUAGAAUAAUGAUAUUUAGGAUUGCGAUCAAUAAUCUGGUUUUUACUUCAAUAUGAACUACAUCAGAGAUAGGCAACCUCAUCAGAGGUAGGCAGCCUCAUCAUUCCUGACACUAGAUCUUGUUGAGCGGAUCUGGUGAAAGUUGUAUUUCAAAGCAUAUGGAGGCUUUCAGGUUGCCUAACUCUAGGUGAGCACCAUGUGCUUAGGCCUCAGAAAGCCAAAUAUGCUGAACCAGUAUUUCUCAAACUCUGCUCCUCCAGGUGUUUUGGACUUCAGCUCCCAUAAAUCCCAGCUGUUAGGAAUUGUGGGAGCUGAAGUCCAUAACAUCUGGCGAGCACAGUUUGAGCAACUUUCUGCUGAACUGAUUCUCUCUACCAUGAAUGCUAAGUAGUCUUACUUUCCUAUUUGCUGAAGACACAGCAUGAAGAAUAUUGAGUCAUUGUCUUCCUUUUUGGUUGCAAUUAGACAGAAAUACUGCUUUUCCCAUUUGUGCAUUUGUUUUCUUCAGGUCUGUUAUUAAUGAAAGAAAACAUACUGAAGUAUUUUGUGUGAAAAAUCUCUCAUUCGCUGAAUGUUAUUGGUGGAUGCCUUGUUUCAUCAUAUUGUACUGUAUUUUUGUACCAGGGUAACAAUAAAAAUGAUUUUUAAUUUGUACGUUCAA